UGCACUUACUUUAUGUGAUGGUGAUACCUAGCAGGCUUUUAAGGAAUUUUGGCAGCCGAUCUGUAAACUGACUGGAUUCUUCCCAACAGUAGAAAAGCUGUUGUCUUCCAACUGUUCAUCAGCUCUGUACUCUUUGGACUCUCUGGACUAUUGGACAUGGUUAAUGUAAAGAAUCCAGCUUGCCUGGCCAAUAUCCAUACUUCAAAUUGUACAUCAUGGUCAUUUGUCAUUGCUUGUUCCAAAUUCCCUCUUGCAUCUUAGAAAGGAGAGAAACACUAAUCGCUGGGUCUAGGAAAGAAUCUGCUGCUCAGUUUGGACCUAAUUUGUAUCAGAAACAUUAAUGACAUGGCAAAGCUCUCUAGGAGAGAAAGCUUAUUUGGACAAUUUCAUUGGACCUAGAUAUUCUAUUCCAUUUCUAGUCCUCUUGUGUUUUCUCAUGGCACAGUGGGAAAAGGAAUAGGAAGUACUGUACUCAUCAAGAUGUUUUAUUAUUAUUUGCUAAAACAAUAUUUUAUAAACCAGACUGUUUUUAUGGAUUCAGUAUAUUUGUCUAGAAAAGUCAUAGCGCAUGUGCAUUUAUUUGAUUUAUAACCCACAGUUGCACAGCAGCUCAAGGUGAUAUACAAAGUGACUGGCUCCUAUUUUCCCCCACAAUGGCAAUCCUACAAGGUCUCCAUAGCUUGGAUAAUCUCUUCUGAAAGGAGGUUCUAAUAACAUAUGUUACUCUUGGCAUUUAGCAUUUUGAUGAAAAGUAUAUACUUUAUGCUAUGGUUCACCAUUUUACUAUGCCUAUUUUAUUCAGGUGUCAAAAUACAUAAUCUAAUCAACAAUAUUAACUGACAGCAAGUGAUGGAUGACAGCAAGUCUGAAACGAUGGUAGAUAUUAUUCAACUUAAUGUUGGAGGCUUUAUGUAUACAGCUAGACGUGAAUCUUUAUGCCGUUUUAAGGAUUCAAUGUUAGCAGCUAUGUUCAGUGGAAGAUUUCCUUUAAAAAUGGAUAAUUCAGGAGCAUGCCUUAUUGAUCGUGAUGGCAAUCUUUUUAAAUACCUCUUAAAUUAUCUUCAUGGAGAAGUUUGGAUUCCUGAAAAUGAGGAAACACGAAUUGCAUUACAAGAAGAAGCUGAUUAUUUUGGCAUUCCUUACCCUUACAGUCUUGUUGACCACCUAGCUAAUGAAAUGGAGACAUAUUGUUUUAGAACAAAUGUAGAACUUAAGAAGGCACUUGUAGGUUUUUGUGACUCUUAUGGCUUAAUAUGCACUAAACCAACAGUUUGGGUCUUGCAUUACCUCAACACUUCUGGUGCCAGCUGUGAGAGUAGAAUAAUUGGUAUAUAUGGUACAAAAGCAGAUGGAAUAACUGCAGUUGAAAAGGAACUAGGAGGACGAAUAAAUAGUAAAAAUAUUUACAAAAGAGAGGCUGGAAACAACAUCCAGUACAUUUGGAGUUACUAUUCAGUAACAGAAUUGAAGAAGAUAAUGGAUGCGUUUGAGGCUUGGGAAGGAAGAGGUGCCAGCUACUGGCGAGUACCACAGGAGCUGAUAGAGUGUUGGACUCUUGAGGAGCAUUCUUUGAAAGGAAGCCUUCAGAAUAUGUCUCCAGUAUGUAAACGACGAAUAAUUGGUUCUCCUGAUGAGGAAGAAACUCAGCUGAAUAGCAGAAUAGUUCGGAAGCCAGUUCAAUUCUCUGGCCCCUCAACAAGUACCCACAUCAAAGUUAAGAACUCAGCUUCUUUAAAGAUAGCAGCAUCUUCACAUGCCCAAAUGGCUCUUAAGUGUCCUAGCAGAGAUACUUCCUUAACAAGCAAAAAGAUUUCCAGAACUCUUUAUGCAAGGACCGUAUCAUUGACUAAAAAUUCUCAGGCCUCUCUUAGAAAUGCUGACCAUAGGGAACUUGGCCAAAUGAUCCCAGAGUCUCCCUCAUCCAGAAAGUUUGCAACCAGCCGGGUGAUAAAACUGAAGCGGACUCCACUCUGUAAUGAAUUACAGACUCAGCAUUCUUCAUCAGUUGUGAAGAAAGUUAAACAGCAAUUUCCAUCUGCUGCGAUUACUGCUACUUCUACAUGUCACUCAUUAAACUGUGAGCAUUCGGGCCUUUCUCUGAGGUGCACUAGUAUCAGAGAUGGUCUGCAGAAUAGCCAGCUGAGUGGUGAUGUGUGACACUAGUCUCCAAGAUCAUUAUUUUUUAACCACAAAAACUUUUUACCACCUGAGAGGACAAAACAAUCCCAGGUGGCACAAAAAUAUUGGAAAUAGUCAAAAUGCUCUAGUAAGAUGAUGGAUGGUAGUCAGUUGGUGUUCACUUUUGUAAGGUACAUUAUAAAUCAUGAAAUAGAGAUUAAAUGUGGAACAUUGGUCAUUUUAGAAUAUUAUUUAUGCUAGAUUGGGUGUGUUCCAAGGUUUUUUAAUUUUUUGAAAACUUGGGCAGUUUGUUCUGGGCCUACUCAGCCUUCCAUCCUUCAGAGAUUGGUAAAAUGAGGACCCAGAUUGUUAGGGGGAAUAAGUUGACUAAACCGCUUAGAGAGGACUGUAAAGCACUAUGAAGCGGUAUAUAAAUCUAAGUGCUAUUGCUAUAGAGAACAAUAAAGUCUCUUCCUCCUGAAA